UAUAGAGUUGGAGAAGGGUGAGGGAAUUGAAUUGAAUUGAAAAUUAAAAAGGGUUUUAGAAGUGAGAGAGAGAGAGAGAAGAUGGCGGAAGCUGCAGAUGAAGCAAGAAAGGAAGAAGAGAAAAGCGAUGGAGUGGGGAUGACUAUGAGUCCAUGGGAGCAACACUCUGCGGUUAUCAAUCUCCCUCGCUUUGACUACAACGCUCCCUCUUCCCUUCUCCGUAACUCCCACUCUGCCUUUCUCAUCACUUGCACUAUCAAGCGCGAGAAAAGCGCCACAAAAGAAGCAAUCACUAUCCUUCACAAGUUCCUUCGCCAUGACUCUUCAAACAACCCUAAAGAAGAUACUUCUUCUAAGAGAAGAAGAAUAUGCACACAAGAUACUGAUCGGGAAUGUCAGGAGACCAAGGAAACCGAUUCUGCCUCUGAAGAUGGUAAACUUUCAAGUCCUGUUAAAGACAAAGAUGGAGUGGCUGUUGCUGCUCUUUCUUUGGUUAAGCUCACUAGGAAUGGCUUGCUUCUCUUGACUUUCCCCUCUAACAUGUCGCCUGACACUGUUAAUAUUGUGUCCAAUAUCAUUCAAGCUGUGGAGUCUGGGACUGUAAGUUUGCCAGCUUGGUGCCAUCGCAUUUUUCCUAUCCAGGCUACCUGCAGUUUGAACGAAAAAGAACUACAGGAAGUAGUAUCAAUGCUUGUUAAGAAGUUUUUGGCUGAUAAACAGAACAAACUUGAGCGACCUCUAAAGUUUGCUGUUGGGUUCAACCGAAGAGGAAUUGAAGAGACAACGUUUGCUAAGGAAAAAUCAAAUGAUUCUAGUAAUGCAUUUCUUUUGCUGGAUCGUAAUAAAUGCUUUGGCGUAGUGGCAUCUGCAGUCAAUCAUGUUGUGGAAGAUUCAGUAGUGGAUCUCAGGUCUCCAGAGCUCUCUGUUCUUGUUGAGUUGCUUCCCCUUUCUGGAGUACCUAAUAGGUCCAUAAUAGUUGGAGUCUCUGUCCUCCCAAGGAACCUUGUUAGUACAAAGCCUCGACUAUGCAUCAAGGCCUUGACUUCCAAUACUAAGGAAGGGUCUGCAGUUCCAUGAGGACUGGUGCCACUGUUUCACUUUUGUGUGCGUGGACAAUGUUGCUGUGUCAGGUUGCUUAUCUAUUGGAUUUCGUAUCACCUUGCAAAUGGAAAUUGAAAGAACCAGCUAGCUAGAAAUAAGAAAUAACUUACCUUUUUGACCCUUUCUACCAGUGAAAGCUGUUGCCACAGCCACCCACUUUUGCUCCACUCCACCUGUUUAUAAUGAGGCUAUCUUGGUAUUUAAUGUGAUCUGCUAUAUCAAGUUGAAUACUGUCGUAAAUGUCGAACCUUAUGUGCUUUAUAUCUUCAUAUCUUCAAUGGUUUCUGAUGAUUUAGUUAAUAUAGCGGCCUCUUUUUUUUUU